GGGCCCGGGCCGCGCUGCCUGCGAUGCCGGGCGCCCGCCGCAGCCGCAGCCGCCGGAGCCCGGGAUGGGGCGAGGAAAGGCUGCGGCGGACGCCAGCAUCUCCCCGCCGGGGACCCCGGGGGCCCCGGAGCCGCCGCCGCCGCUGCUGCUGCUGCUGCCGCCGCUGCUGAGACCCAGCGGGCGAUGGGAUGAAGAUGAGACGCUACAAGCUCUUUCUCAUGUUCUGUAUGGCCGGCCUGUGCCUCAUCUCAUUCCUGCACUUCUUUAAGACCUUAUCCUAUGUCACCUUCCCGAGAGAACUGGCCUCCCUCAGCCCUAACCUUGUCUCCAGUUUCUUCUGGAACAAUGCCCCUGUCACUCCCCAGGCCAGUCCGGAGCCGGGUGGCCCCGACCUGUUGCGGACUCCACUCUACUCCCACUCCCCCCUUCUCCAGCCACUGUCCCCCAGCAAGGCCACCGAGGAACUGCACCGGGUGGACUUCGUGUUGCAGGAGGACACCACAGAGUAUUUUGUGCGCACCAAAGCUGGCGGUGUGUGCUUCAAACCAGGUACCAGGAUGCUGGAGAAACCUUCUCCAGGACGGACAGAGGAGAAGCCUGAGGUGGUUGAGGGUUCCUCGGCUCGGGGUCCUGCUCGGAGGCCUACGCGGCACGUGUUGAGCACGCGGGAGCGCCUGGGCAGCCGGGGCACCAGGCGCAAGUGGGUUGAGUGUGUGUGCCUGCCAGGCUGGCACGGGCCCAGCUGCGGGGUGCCCACGGUGGUGCAGUAUUCCAACCUGCCCACCAAGGAGCGCCUAGUACCCAGGGAGGUGCCAAGGCGGGUUAUCAACGCCAUCAACAUCAACCACGAGUUUGACCUGCUGGAUGUGCGCUUCCAUGAGCUGGGCGAUGUGGUGGACGCCUUUGUGGUCUGUGAAUCUAAUUUCACCGCCUAUGGGGAGCCUCGGCCACUCAAGUUCCGAGAGAUGCUGACCAAUGGCACCUUCGAGUACAUCCGCCACAAGGUGCUCUAUGUCUUCCUGGACCACUUCCCACCUGGUGGUCGUCAGGAUGGCUGGAUUGCAGACGACUACCUACGCACCUUCCUCACCCAGGAUGGCGUCUCCCGCCUGCGCAAUCUGCGGCCCGAUGAUGUCUUUAUCAUUGAUGAUGCGGAUGAGAUCCCCGCGCGUGAUGGUGUGCUGUUCCUCAAACUCUAUGACGGAUGGACAGAGCCCUUCGCCUUCCACAUGCGCAAAUCCCUGUAUGGUUUCUUCUGGAAGCAACCGGGCACACUGGAGGUGGUGUCGGGCUGCACCAUUGACAUGCUGCAGACCGUGUAUGGGCUGGACGGCAUCCGCCUGCGCCGCCGCCAGUACUACACCAUGCCCAACUUCCGGCACUAUGAGAACCGCACCGGCCACAUCCUAGUGCAGUGGUCUCUCGGCAGCCCCCUGCACUUCGCGGGCUGGCACUGCUCCUGGUGCUUCACACCCGAGGGCAUCUACUUCAAACUGGUAUCGGCCCAGAAUGGCGAUUUCCCCCGCUGGGGUGACUAUGAGGACAAGAGGGACCUCAAUUACAUCCGCAGCUUGAUUCGCACAGGGGGAUGGUUCGAUGGCACGCAGCAGGAGUACCCUCCUGCGGACCCCAGUGAGCACAUGUAUGCUCCUAAAUACCUGCUCAAGAACUAUGACCAGUUCCGCUACUUGCUGGAAAAUCCCUACCAGGAGCCCAAAAGCACUGUAGAGGGUGGGCGCCGGAACCAGGGCUCAGAUGGAAAGUCAUCUGCUGUCAGGGGCAAGUUAGAUGCAGUGGAGGGCUAGGGUUGUGCAAUUUCACAGGGCUGGGCAGGCUGAGAUGAUAGCUAACCCAAUGUUGUGUUUUGCCUCCUCGUUAUCCUGGGGCUCUUAAGAGAGCCAGGAGUCCUUGUAGAUGGUCCUCUGUGCUCAAGCCCUCCUAGAAUUAAGGGUCAGGCCUUUUAUCCCAAAACAGAAAAGAAAAAAAAAUAUUUUUUUUCUAGUACAGAAGAGCAAGCCCAGACAUCUAUGCAGCAUUUUGUCCCUAAGAGUGCUGUGGGAAAGAGGUGUUCCUGGAGAACAUAAGGUGGUUUUCUGGGGCUGGGAGUGCUAUGGAACUUCAGUCUAGUUGAGAGAAGCCCAUCUUUGACAUCCUGGAUUGAUGACCUGUAAUGGACAAGGACCUAUACCAUGCCAGGAGUUCCCGGCAUCCUGUAAGUAAAUGCAUUUGGGUCCAGGAGCAAGAAGAGACAGUAGGGAGGGACUAGAAAGUGCAUCUGCUCUUGAUCUUGGCCAGGAAGCUAGGGGAAGCAUUGGAAAAUGGUACACACUUUGCAGCUUCCUCAGACAUGUUGGACCUAAAAAAUGAGGUCACGGAUGGCUGGGAGGAUAGAGCCAGUAGCUGUCAGUCCCCCUGCCUCUCUGUAAGGAGACAUGCUGAAGGUGCUGAGGAAUCUUCCUCUGGUUCCAAAUAUACCCUUGAUGACUGUUGUCACUUUUCCUGUUGCUGUCUUGUGAGAGCUGCUUGCAAAGGGCUCCAGGAGCCUCAUUCUCGGGAUGGGACAGGAGCUGGAGACCAUGGACAGCCAGUAUGGUAGGUGGGACAAGAGAAGGAGACUGACAGAGGCCUCUAUAUCUCUCUCUCCCUCUCCAUCACUCUCUGCUGGCAUCCAGUUCCAUUUUACAACGUCCCAGUGGCACAACAUUCCUGUGCCACUACACCCCACCCCCACCCCUGUAAAAGCAGGCUAGGGGACAGGAAGGGGCCACAAGGUUUUCCAGGAUCCAAGAAAGGACCUUAAGGUCAAUGGUUUAUCAACCCAUUCCUCUUAAUUUGCCUUGUGUGGGGGUGCAGGAUGUAUUUGAGAAGAUGCUAAGCUACUGUAGAAAUCCCUUGGCAACCAGUAAUUAAAGUAAGACCAGCUUGUUACUAAAUAAAUAUUCUGGAGAAGAUGGUCCAAUGCCUGUUAGACAGUCAGCUUAGCGUCACAUACAACUUCCAGGUCUGGAUAGAGGGGUUGCACCUGCUCACGUGAUAAGAGGAGGAUGUGUGGACUCUUUCCUGUGAAGGGCAGGAGUCAGAUGUGUAUGUUGCUUCUGAUAGUGUCUUACUGGUCAGGACUUAGUUGCAUGGCUACAGGUAGUUGCAAGGAAAACUGGGAAAUGUAGUUUUGAGCAGGACUGCCAUGUGCCUGUCUCCAUUUGAGAGUUCUGUAUUCCCAGCAGCACCUUUACAGGAAGGGUACAAGUGGUUGCUCAUGACCCUGCUCUCUUCCUAUCUGCCCUGGGGUUGAGGUACAGUGGGGACUUGCAGGAGUAUGGGAAGAGUGGGUGCCUCUCACUGAGGCCCCCGAUGUUCCCUUGAUGCCAGUAUGCAGGGCUACCUGUGGAAUGGUCUGUGUUUGUGCGUGUGUGUAUAUUUAUGGGCAUGGGUGCAUGCUUGGUGUGUAUUGUACAUGUCUGUAUCCAUGUGUCCCUGUACAAAGACGAUACUCAUGUGUGGAUGUAGGAGCCUAGGCUUGGCUGUCCUCCUCCUUAGGACCCGGAUCUUAUAGUCUCAUCUCCUAUGACUCCACAAGAUGCCCGAGGCGGGAAAUCCUUGGGGGAACCUUGAAGGCAAGAUUAAAAGGGAGUACAGGGUCUGUCUGUCUGUCUGUCUUUCAGUCUGAGAAAUGGAAUCUUCCUAGCUACAGGGAUAUGCAGCUGAGAGCCCACCACCUCCGCAGUCCCUCUUGGCCUACCACUUCCUCCCACUGCCACCCCAGCAUCUCCUGGUUGUAGCUCUGUCUGGAGCAGUUUGCCAGGCAGUGGGCAGAGUGUGGUAGCUGCUCUGGCAAACAGGCAUGAAGCAAGAUGAAGGGCUCUAUGGCUCUUUUCCUCUCAUUGAGGGACGUCCUCCAUGGAACCUCCUUCAAAAAGCCUUUCUCUCUGGUUCCUCCUGGGGCUGAGAGGGGGCUGCAGAAGUCAGGGCAUCCCAGAGACUUAUGGGUCCAUCUGAGCCAGGACUCUCUCCUGAGAUGUCUAUGGAUGCUUCUGUGUGAUACCUACCCCCUUGAAUAAAAUCCUUACCCCCACACUUUUGGUACCCCCAGCUGCUUCAUAGACGUCCUGUUUCAGGCAUUUCAGGGCUCCUGCCCACAAGUGACCAAUUCAGGGAGGGAGAAGGAAAGCACAGGUCUGCUGGGCUGGCCUUCCUUCUCAGACUAGUAGCGGGGAGAUAGUAUAAUAGUUUCAACUAGGCAGGAAGAGGCCUUGCCAUGGGCCGAGAGACCACCCGUGAGAGGUGGGAGCUAGAAAGGUUCACAUAUAACCACAGCAUACACUGGGAAGUUGAGGGGCAGGGGACCCAGGACCAUUCCCCCAAUAUGAAGAGAACCCGAAUUGAAUGUGAAUGUGGGCACAUUCUCCAGGAACUGCUGGCCUGUGAUCUCUAAACCCAAGGAAGCCUGUGCAGGCAUCCAGCUGGCCUCAAUAACCCAGGGGUCACAGUGGUUAUAAGGGACAAGCUUGAUGAAGCUUUGGGAACAAAGGUGAGAUUCAGGGUGGGAAGACAGGACUCACCGAAGCAGAAGGUAGAGCCCUGGGAAAUGUGUAAUUUAAGGACACCAAUAAUAAUAAUAGUAUUAUUUUUUUUGUAAAGGAAAAAUCAAUAUGUACAUUCUGAAAUCAUUUUCUCUGUAAAUGGUUGAAUUUCAUUUCACCCUUAAAGGGAUGCUUAAAGGAGAAGAUAAUAUUAAUAAUAAAACAGCUGAGAAGUCUGGA